AUGAGCAGCAAUGGCUCACUGCAACCGCCACUAAUCAUCACGUCGCUACCGCGGCCUCCUGCCACCACAGGGGCCCUUGGAGCGACGUCAGCUUCGAGUCUUUCCCCAGUUCCGUCCUCAGCUAGCGCGUCCUUCUCGCCGUACUCCAAAAGUCCCGUUCCGAGUGGUAGACGCGUCGCCAUGGAGGGUAAAAGCCUCUUCACGUGCCACCAAUGCGGUGCGCUGCUCAAGUUCCAGUACAGCCCUGUGUCUAUUGAAGAGAAGAUCAUGAAGUUACGACCUGUGGCCUACGAGCACCCGACGGAGCAAUGCGAGCAGCGAGACAGCAAAGGAGACGAGGACGAGGAUCAAAUGCCCCGCCUCACCGAGGGUACAGAUAACGGGGAGACCACAGACGCAGACGACGAAGAGGAAGCAGCACAGGCAGCCAGGAACUCACUGAAUCAGCAACAGCACAAGACUUCAGCUGUCGUACCGGAGAUUGUAUGGGAACGACAGCGGCUGGACAACUGCGACGACGUCGGGGUCUGGGUCCCUGCCGAAUUCGACCUCAUGAAUGGAAUUGCAACGUUCACGAGCUGCAAUCGAGGAGAUAUCGGACAGAAUGUUGCAGAUGUGGUGCCUAUGCGGCUGCUAAACAAGCCGCAUCUAUGGAUUUCCGACUGGGAGGUAGAUCACUCCCUCCCAAACUGUGACGAGGACGGGUGGGUGUAUGCCAAGUCAUAUGUUGAUUUCGGUAGAAUGGAGGAGCCACUCGUGGCGGGAGAAGAAGGAACGGAGGCAAAGGCUGACGAAGGCGUAAAAGAUGAAGAUGCAAAGACAGAAGAAAACGCGCGACUUGUGCGACGGAGGCGCCUGAUUCGCAAGCGUCGUAUGGACGGCAGCGACCUCAGUUGGUUCCAGGAAUUGCUGGACUGCAGCACUCUUCUUCUUAAAAAGAGUCUGCCGACUUGCCAUGAUUGCGAAGCCACAGUACUCGACCGAUUUACUCAGGCGCUCAAUGAGCUGGAGGAUGAUCGAGACCAGUACGAGCGUUUCUUGACUGCAUUUGCCGACGGAGAGCGGGCUUCAGCGCGAACGUAUUGUGAAAAUGGCGACUACGAUGCCGAUGAGUGGCACGACGACCCAGAGCUUCGAGCUUUGGAGGAGGAAGAGCGACGACUAAAGGCCGAAUUAGAGGCCAUCGAAGACGAGACUGUCCAAGUGACGGCAAAGAGACGUGAGCUGUGGUCUACAGGGAUGGAUCUUGAGCAGUUGAUCCAUGGCACAUUCGCUGAAGGAGCUUUCCUGCAGCAUUUGUUGGGACUGAGUCGAGACGAGCGCCAAUCGGUCGGUGUGUUUGCAGUGCAUGCAUCGGAUAUGCUACGGCGUCUCCAGCGUUACAAUGUAUGCAACGAUGUGUUCCACAUCUGGCACGAUGGUCUCUUUGGUACGAUCAACGGACUGCGGCUCGGUCGAUUGCCUUCGAAACCGGUGGAAUGGGUGGAAAUCAACGCGGCAUUGGGGCAGGCUGUGCUCUUACUCGCAACAAUUGCAGAUCGCGCCAACUUUGAGUUUUCUCGCAAUCGUCUCGUGCCGCGUGGGAGCUUCUCUCGUGUGGUUAACAUGUACGGCAAGGAGUACAGUCUUUACAGCGAUGGCGGCAUGUUCCGACGUCGUGGCUUUAAUCAGGCCAUGAUCCUCUUUCUCGAGUGUGUGGAGGACGCAGGACGUCGCGCAAUGAAGGAGGAACCGUCACUGAAGUUCCCGUACAAGGUGGAGCGUGGUAAGAUCGGAGGUCUGCCGAUCUCACUUGGUAACGACGAACAGUGGACUCGAGCGCUCAAGUACAUGCUCACGCACCUCAAGUGGCUUCUAGCUUGGAUCUCCAAGCGCUACUGA